ACAGGCGGGCGGGGAGGAGACGGCUCUAACACCCACGGGCCGCCCAGUGACGGCGGCACAGUGCUGACAGGCAGUGCGGCGGGCGCCUAAGUGCCGUACAGUGACACUCUGCUGCUGCUGCUUCUGCUGCUGCGUGACGUGUGAGGACCAUACGGAACAUGGCGGCCUCCGGAAACAAGUCUGUGCUCUUCGUGUGUCUCGGUAACAUUUGUCGUUCUCCGAUAGCAGAAGCUGUAUUUAGAAAGUUGGUAACUGAUGAGGGUGUAUCAAAUCAGUGGUCGAUAGACAGUGCUGCUACCUCUCACUGGAACGUGGGUUGCUCCCCAGAUUCAAGAGCCAUAAAGUGCUUAAAAAUCCAUGAUACCGAAACAUCGCAUAAAGCUCGACAGAUCACAAAAGAUGAUUUCCUCAACUAUGACUAUAUUCUGUGCAUGGAUGAAAGUAAUCUAAGAGAUUUAAAACGUAGAUGUAACCAAGUGCAAAACUGCAAAGCUAAGAUCGAACUUCUUGGAAGCUAUGAUCCUCAAAAGCGACUUAUCAUUGAAGACCCAUAUUAUGGCAGCGAUGAAGAUUUUGAGACCGUAUACCAGCAGUGUAUUAGAUGCUGUGAAUCAUUUCUGGAAAAGUGCUCUUAGUACUGUACAUAAGUCAUAUAAGCUGUAUCUGUUGUGUAAUGACAGUACAUUAAUCUUUUAGUCUCAUAUUUUGCCAUGGAACAGGGCCUGAUAAAAAAUUUAUACAGUGAUGUUAAAGUAUUUCAUGUCAUACUCCGACAUUUUUCAGAAUGUUCCAUCCAAUGCACAAUACUCCGUUUUAAUCCGGAAUUAGUUUAAUACUAAAAAUAGACAAUAAAGAAAAUUAAUUUUA